CUCCAUGUCGCCCGGCACUUUCUCCAUGAGCUGCUCCGAUCCCAGCGCAGCUUCGCUCGGCGGCGGGCGCGGGGAGCCGAGGCCGGAACUUCAGGAAACACAGCGGUGGCUUGGGAGAGGCGGCUUGGCCAUUGUGGGCCCCCGGGCCUGUGUCCUUCUUCAGCAGGGUUGGUCGUCGGUGGGGAUGGGGCAGCUGAACCAUGUGCACCACCCUCUUCCUGCUCAGCGUGGCCAUGCUGUGGCGCCGUAGAUUUACCAACCGAGUCGAACCAGAGCCUAGCAGAGUGGAUGGGACAGUCGUGGGCAGCAGCUCGGAAACAGACUUUCAAGCUACCAGGAGGUAA